UCAUUAAAAAGGGCUUGUUCAUUGAUUCAGAACAUUUUAGAUAAAUCAAAGUCAGACGUCAGAGCUUCAAGGGCAGAGGAAGAAUCUCACAGGAACUCAAAAACGGUAACAUGAGGUGGUGAGAAAUUGGCUGAGUUUUCAUGAGGAAUGAGGCAGGUUUGGGUUAUUUUGUAUAUAAACCAAAGACGCCAACAAGAGCUGAAAUCGAAAGAGAAGAGGAAGUUGUGAAGGACUUUUCUGAGAUAGCAGCGCAACAACACUGGACCGUUUGAGAGAAAUUAAUCUCAGUAAACAUGCAGCCCACUAUGGAGGAGUUCGAUUCAGAGGAUUCUGGUGUUCAAGAUGUGGGACCUCAAAUCAAUGGGCUGUUGGUCCAGAUCCUGGAGACGAUGUCAUUGCCGCUGGUGCGGAUCAGACAGAAGCUUCUGGAAAUGGCUAUUCUGAUCUGUGUGAUUCUGCUGGUGUUCUGGGUGGCUUUAUUCCUCUAUGGCAGUUUCUAUUAUUCCUUUAUGCCCACAGCCAAUUUCAUCACACCUGUCUACUUCUUCUACAGCUCCGCCUGGUAUACGGUAAUGACAUACGGUCAGCCUUAUCGGAUCACACUAGAGCUGGAAAUGCCUGAGUCUCCAGCCAAUCGGGAGCUGGGAAUGUUCCUAGUAAAAAUGACUCCCUAUUCUAAAGCUGGUCAGAUUGUUGACAUAUCGGCACGUUCUGCAAUGCUCCAUUAUCGCUCCUCUCUUCUUCAGGCUCUGGGCACAGUGGUCUUCUCCCCCAUGCUGUUAACAGGAGCGUCGGAGCAGAAGCAGUCAGUCAUAGUGGAGCUGUACUCUGAAUUCAAAGAUGAUUCUUACAACCCCACUGUUGGAGCCAUCAUUGAGAUCCAUUCCCAGCAUAUUCAGAUCUACAGAGCUCAUCUCUACAUCUUCGCUCACUUUACAGGCAUCAGGUACCUGCUGUAUCGCUUCCCCCUGAUAUCAGCGCUGAUCGGGGUGAUGAGUAAUUUUACUUUCCUCAGUUUGAUCAUCGUUCUCAGCUUCCUGCAGUUUAAUCUGGGUGGUCGCAGGACUCGUGGAAAGGCUGUUAUGCAACAAGAGGAAAAUAAUGAACCAGAUGACCUGAAUGAUCAGUCUGAACCCCAGGAUGAAGGAAAUGCACCAGAAAGUUUCGAUGCCAUAGGGUGCAAUUCAGUGGAGGUGGAAGAAUCCAUUCCAGACGUGGGGGUGGAGGAGAGUGAAGAUGACUCCAGAGAACUUGCUGAAGAUGAACCCACCUGUGAGGCUGGGGAUGGAGAAAUGAUUUUGAGGCACAGGAAUUUGUCACAGAGCAUGUUACAGUCAUCUCAAGCGUUAACAGACACCACAGAUAAAACUUACUACCGUGUUGGUGUCUGUUCAAGCUGCUAGAGAGCGAAUGGAGCUGUCAGCUAAAUGAGGGUAAAGGUUAUGAAAAGCAAAGGCCACCCACUGGAUUUCAUAGAUUUGGAAACAAUGUCCUUGUUUUAAAAAUGUGGACUUGAUGCUAGCCCUAAUCACUUGUAUCAUUAUUGUAAAAAAAAAUAAUCAAGACAACCACAGAUAUUCAGUAUAGUAACCAUUUAUUGUCAACCAAAUAUCGACAUAACCUGUAUAUCCAAAACUGACCUUUCUAGACAUAUCCUUUGUUGUUCUUCUUAUUAUUAUUAUAUUCCACAACACUGAAAACAGUGAGACUGUGCCAAUAAAUAACCCAAGGCGGAGAAUGUCAUUUGU